AUGGCAUGCAACAACCCACCACAGACGCCAAGACCCAAUGUGGAAAAAGUUAGAGUCCUUUCUACCCACUACCAAUAUCAUGACAUUUCGACUAAUCCACCGUAUCCCACAAACGUAGCCCAGGAAGAUGUCACCGAGCGUUGCCAGCCCUUCAUCCAAGAUGCGGUCCACCGCUACGAGGAUCGGCACCAAGAGCUGGACGAACGUGAGCGCCUUCUGGUCAACAAGACCGGCAUUAUGGAGCGGUGCAUACCCGCUCUGAUGGCCAUGAAGUUGUGGCAGACCUGCGAGGGAAAGGACCCUGUGAGCGCACUGGAAAAGGUACGGGAACUGAUGAAGGAGCUGAUGCCCCAACCGGAUCCUGCGGACGAGCUUGUGGCCCAACUGGAGGACCAGGUGGACCAACUGAACAAGGAAACGGCCGAGUUACACGAUAAGAUAAUCAAAGCGGACGUCGAGCUCGAGGAGGGCAAGAUGGAGCUCGAGUCUCUGGAGCUUGUGAAUUGCGAGCUCGAGGAGCAGAUCAAGUGCAUGGAGGCGAAGAUUUGCGUGAGCCUCGAGUCCAUCAAUUCGGACGACCGGCUUUGCCUGGCGGAAAUACGCAAACUCGGCGAGAACGAAAAGAGGAUGAAAAAGAACAUCAAACAGCUGGAAGAACGCGAGACAGCGCUGCGAACUCAAAUCGAGAGGAUCUUUGGUGGUGGUUGCCAGAAGGUUUGCGACUCUGUGCAAGGCCAGAAGCACCACGCGCACAGGUCGAGGAGUCACAGGAAGAAGGACUGCCAAAAGCUAGAGAGAACGGUGGAGGCUCUUUUCGAACGAGACAAGGCCCGUGGGAAAAACCAGUGUGGCAAACUCGAUAAAGUCGCGGAAAAAAAGAACUCAAUGGUGCGUAAUUUGAAGGGCGUGCAAGUGCCAAAAAAAGCCGAAGCCAUGUCGCAGAAGGACCAAUUCCUCCGAGCGGGCGACGCCAAAGUGCUGCCGCAAGAGACACUUGGAGAAUCCAUGUGGCAUGGAUACCACGGUGCAGAAGACGAGUGCUGA